AUGAAGUUCUUAUACUUGCGUGAGGAUGCAAAACGGUAUAAAGCGCUAAUUAUAUGUCAUACAAUCGAUGCCAGUACCUACUUCUUUAUUCGAUUUAUUAUACUCUGUACUGAUUUAGCUGCAGCAUCGAAGAAUUCAAAUGAAAAAAGCAGUUUAGCCUAUCUUAUUCCAAUAUUUCUACUUGAAUUCUUCUGCUCGAUAUUUAUUAUCGUGUGCAAUCUCGUUUAUCUCAUUACUAAGUAUCAUUUAGAACCACUAUUCAAUGAAAAUACUGGUGAAUAUCUCUGCUGUAAACGAAAGACAGCAUGGCGUCUCGGAACUUUAACAUGUUUCAACUGUAAAUGUUACUCUGAACAUCCACAAGGAAUAUUACUGAUACGUGUAAUUUUUUUACUCUUCUGUUUUCUAUUGCGAUUUCUAUCAUUUAUCAUCGGUGCAUCCUGUGCUAAUCGUUAUUAUCCACGUGCUGUUGCCUAUACAGUCUUUAGUAGUCUCUCACUUAUCCCAUCAUCGUUUACAAUUUAUUUUGAAAUAGCUAACUUUUUUCGCCUCUGGACUUAUCGUCCGAACGGAAACUACACCGAACGUUUACAUAAGUCACAUAUUCGUUUUAUCCCAUUUUCACUUGUCAAUGAAUCUGUAGUCACCGAAUACAAUCGCUCACUUUGCGAGAGACAGAAUGUUGAACAAUUUAUUACUACGAGAAAUCCAGCUCCCUUACCUAUAGGAAGAUAUCUCGUACAAAGUCAAUGUCCGUCACAAAGUCUUCAUCAUGUUCUCAUGUAUCAUAGUUUCUAUGCUGCAACUGACUUUCCACAAAUUGUUGGUGCAACGGAUCAAAAUCCAAUCAUUAUCGGCUUCUAUCAAACAACUAAAGAACGUGCUUAUGAAAUUUCAAAGACUGGCUUUCCAGCAGAUCCAGAUCUUACUAUGCAACGAGAGAUCUAUUUCACUCCAAAAGUCGAACGAACAUUAUAUGUCGACGGUGCUAUUGUAUGUGCACGUUUGAAUCUAGGAAGGACAGUUAUAGCAAACGCUGAUGGACCGACAAAUAUUGAUGCGUAUCCAGUACGUAUUGCAACAGCAGUCUAUCACCGACCGACAAAGCGUUUGUAUUUGAGAUAUCCAAAACAAAUUGAAAAAUGGAUAAUUACAGUGAGACCACCGAGUGCAGGUGUCGACACUGCUCGAGAACAACAGCUAGAGCAGUUCGAUGACAAAGUGUUUCGAGGAUGUUUCUAA